GCUCAAGGUCGCCCGGAAACAGAAGUCGGCCAAAUUCGUUUUGGGGAUAGCUUAUUGCCACUUAGGACUUUAGAAUUACGUCCGGCGACUGGCACCCAAUUAUGCCAAGCAGUUCAGCACACGAAGGGUCGGAAUCAUUCUUCGAACCCGUAGUUGUUCUACCCUCUGUAACAGUAUCAAACUGUGAAGAAAAUGAAGAGUGUCUAUUCAAAGAAAGAGCACAGCUAUUCCGUUUUGAUACUGUUGAGGAUCCACCACAGUGGAAAGAACGUGGAGUUGGAAUAUUGAAAAUCCUACGUAACAAGUCCAACGGGUGUUAUCGUCUGUUGAUGCGUCGUGACCGAACCUACAAGGUUUCCAAAUCCAUCAUAUAUACAUAUACAGUUAGUAAAGCGUUUGUUUGGAACACAAUGGGCGAUUUUUCUGAUGAGACAGUGAAGCCGCAGUCUUUAGGUGUUAGGUUUGCUAGUUCUGUGUCUGCACAGGAGUUUCAGAAAGUGUUCAAAGAAGGUUGUAAAGCUUCUGCAGACAAAUUAAUCGCAAAAAGACUUAGUAAUGAAAGCACUCAACCUUGCAACGAAGCUGAAGAUACUGACCUAUCCGUACUUUCGAAUUCUGUCAAGCAGUGUCUCAAGAUAAAUACUGCGGACAUCAAUCCGUGUGAUACCAGUGACUCAGUAAAAAGUGAAACAUGA